CUUUUCUCUUCCAGUCCUGCCUUGCUUCUUCUAGGGCGAAAUCCUCUCGUGAAACUCACCGGUUCCAGCUGAAGCUCUCUGCCCGCGGCGUGGCCCCUGCGUGCCAUGUGGCAGCUCCUGCUGGCCCUCGUGAGCCUGUACUACCUUGUGCGCUGGCUCCGGGAGCGCCAGGUGGUGAGCAACCUCAGCGACAAGUAUGUCCUCAUCACGGGCUGUGACUCGGGCUUCGGGCACCUGCUGGCCCGGCAGCUGGACCGGCGGGGCCUGAGGGUGCUGGCUGCCUGCCUGACGGAGCGGGGGGCACACGAGCUGAGGGAGCAGACGUCACAGAGGCUGGAGACCGUGAUCCUGGACGUGACCAAGUCCGAGAGCAUCGCUGCGGCCGUCCAGUGGGCGAAGGAGCGCACGGGGUCCCGAGGACUCUGGGGCCUGGUCAAUAACGCUGGCACUGCUGUGCCUUCAGCACCGAAUGAGUGGCUGACCAAAGAGGACUUCAUGAAGGUCCUGGACGUGAACCUGCUGGGGGUGAUCGAGGUGACCCUGGGCAUGCUGCCCCUGGUGAGGAAGGCGAGGGGCCGCAUUGUCAAUGUAUCCAGUGUCAUGGGCCGUGGUGGCUACUGCAUCUCCAAGUACGGCGUCGAGGCCUUCUCGGACUCCCUCAGGAGGGAGCUCUCCUUCUCCGGGGUGAAGGUGGCCAUCGUCGAGCCGGGCUACUUCAAGACCGCUAUGACCACCACUGAGAAUAUUUCUCACUGCCUCCAAAAUGCGUGGGAGCGCGCCAGCCCUGAGGUCAAGGAGUUCUACGGCGAGGCGUUUAUGGCAUCCUGCAAGAAAUUCUUUGCUCUAGUAAAUCCAUUGUGGCCUGACAGUCUGUCCCUGGCGACGGACUGCAUGGAGCACGCGCUGACCGCCCGCCACCCCCGCACCCGCUACUCGGCCGGCUGGGACGCCCAGUUCCUCUACAUCCCCAUGAGCUACCUGCCCACCAGUGCGGUGGACGCCAUGAUCUACUGGUUUUCCCCAAGGCACACCAUGGCCUUUUACAGGCGACUGAGGCACAUUAUAGGCUGA